AUGGGCUCAGAUCCUCAGUACGCGAAAUGGCCUCUGCUGCCCCUGUCGCAGCAUGUGUUCACCCUCACAAACCCCUACGCCUCGCGGCCAACCCAGGACGCCGCCGUCAAGAAGCUGCAGGAUGCCAUCGAGGAGCACAAGAUGGCACCCCUGUACAGGUACCUGGCACAUCCGCUCGAGGGCAUCCUGAACGCCGUGGGCGAGGGCGGCGCCAAUGUACCCGGCAAGCCUCUGAGCAGGAAGUCGAGCGCGGCUGGCAUGAUCGCCACCAAAGGACCCACAGCAACUGUCACAAUUCCCUGGGACGAGGGCUUGUACCAGAAGCUGAAGGAAGAGAAUGACCGGGAGCUGGAGGAGAUCCAAAAGGAGGAGGACGAGGCCGUUGAGAAGGCUGGCGAUUCGGAGAUAAUGGCAGCGAAGGGUAAGAGGGCUGAGUUCUGGGCGCGGGUUGGUGACAAGGAGAAAGCCAUAACAACCUACGAAGACGUCUUCGAGAAGACCGGCAUCCUCGGCACCAAGAUCGAUCUCGUCCUCGCCAUAAUACGCAUGGGCCUAUUCUACGGCGACAAGCUGCUCGUCAAGAAGGAGGUCGAGCGCGCCAAGACCCUUGUCGAGAGCGGAGGUGACUGGGACAGGCGAAACCGCCUCAAGGCUUACGAGGGCUUGUACCUGCUCACAGUGCGAUCGUACAACCUGUCUGCGCCCCUCCUCCUCGACUCUCUAUCCACAUUCACGUCCUACGAGCUUUGCACCUACUCCAAUUUGGUCGUGUACUCUGUCCUCGCAGGGUCCGUCAGCCUCAAGCGGGUCGACUUCAAGAGCAAGGUCGUCGACGCCCCCGAGAUCAAAGCCAUCCUGGGCGAUGGCGAAGACAAGCUGGCCGCCCUCAGCGGACGCGUGUCCGCCGGACCCAGCGCGGACGACCCCGCAAACGAGGGCGACUCUGCUACUCAGGCACAGGCAGCAGCUAAGAAGAAGGCCGUCAACCUCACAACGCUCGGCUCCAGCAGCGACCAGCCCGAGGCCGAGAUGGCGGUGGACUUCUCCCCGCUGGCCAAGCUGGUCAGCAGCCUGUACAGCGGCCGCUACAAGACCUUCUUCCAGUCGCUGGCGCUCGUAGAGGAGCAGUUCCUCACCCAGGAUCGGUACCUGCAUGAGCACAAGAACUGGUUCAUCCGUGAGAUGCGGCUGCGCGCGUACCAGCAGUUGCUGCAGAGCUACAGGGUCGUCGGGCUCGAGAGCAUGGCCAACCAGUUUGGCGUCACGGUGGACUUCUUGGACAGGGAUCUCGCCAAAUUCGUUGCUGGAGGCCGCAUCCCGUGCACCAUCGACCGGGUGUCGGGCAAGGGCGUCAUUGAGACGAACCGGCCUGAUGACAAGAAUAAGCAGUACCAGGACGUCGUGCGCCAGGGCGACCAGCUGAUCACCAAGUUGCAAAAGUACGGCCAGGCUGUAAGACUCCGUGGAAGUGAGAGGGCUUAG